GCAAAUAUCACCACCAACCAAUACUUCUUACAUCUAUUUUCAGGUUUUAGAGUUUAAGUUGUAGCAAUGGGACAGCCAGGGCUGGUUUAUGCCUUGGGAUUUUGUCUCUUAAUUUCGACUGUGGUAGCCACCUCUACCCCUUACAAGUAUGCAUCUCCUCCACCACCAGUCCAUUCUCCACCACCUCCCUAUGUCUAUAAGUCUCCACCACCUCCAGUCCACUCCCCACCUCCUCCUUAUAUCUAUAAGUCUCCUCCACCUCCAGUCCACUCUCCACCUCCCCCUUACAUUUACAAAUCCCCACCACCUCCAGUCCACUCACCGCCUCCUCCAUACAUUUACAAGUCUCCACCACCUCCAGUCCACUCCCCACUUCCUCCCUACAUUUACAAGUCUCCACCACCACCAGUCCACUCCCCACCUCCUCCCUAUGUUUACAAGUCUCCUCCACCACCAGUCCACUCCCCAUCACCUCCCUAUAUUUACAAGUCUCCUCCACCGCCAGUUCACUCCCCGCCUCCUCCUUAUGUUUACAAGUCUCCUCCACCUCCAGUGCACUCACCACCUCCUCCCUACAUUUACAAAUCUCCUCCACCACCAGUCCACUCCCCGCCUCCUCCCUAUGUUUAUAAGUCUCCACCACCUCUAGUCCACUCUCCACCUCCUCCUUAUAUCUAUAAGUCUCCACCACCUCCAGUCCACUCUCCACCUCCCCCUUACAUUUACAAAUCCCCACCACCUCCAGUCCACUCACCGCCUCCUCCAUACAUUUACAAGUCACCUCCUCCACCAGUCCACUCCCCACCACCUCCUUAUAUUUAUAAGUCUCCACCACCUCCAGUUCACUCACCUCCUCCUCCCUAUAUUUACAAGUCUCCACCACCUCCAGUUCACUCCCCACCUCCUCCCUACAUUUACAAGUCUCCUCCACCACCAGUCCACUCCCCACCUCCUCCCUAUGUUUACAAGUCUCCUCCACCUCCAGUGCACUCACCACCUCCUCCCUACAUUUACAAAUCUCCUCCACCACCAGUCCACUCCCCGCCUCCUCCCUAUAUUUACAAAUCUCCACCACCGGUACACUCCCCACCUCCUCCUUAUGCCUACAAGUCCCCUACACAUCCUUCACAUCCCAAACCUUAUCCCCAUCCGCAACCCUCUCAUCCUAAACCCUAUCCCUCACAUCCCAAGGCUCCUUCAUCGCCACACCCAAAGUAUCUUUACAAAUCUCCACCACCUCCAAAGAUUUAUUAAGCCGAUGCUUUCUCUCUUCGACCGUUUUACAACGUUUUUCAUGAAUUUGUUUGACUUUCAAUUUAUCAUUAAGAAGAAUAAGAGAGCUUGAAGAUGUGUAUCGUUUGUUGAUUUUUUCUUUUCAAAUUGUGUUGUAUCUUUCUUGUACUUUAAGCAAUAAAGUAUAAUAAAUGAUUAAUACCAUGAGCAUAAUUUUUGUUU